CGCACGGCCGUGCCGCAUGUUUUCCCGCGGCGCGGUUCCCCUCCGCUGGUCUCGCGGUCUGCUGCUGCGGGCAGGGAGCAGCCGCAGCCGCGGCUUAUCCGCGAUGGCCGCCGGCGGAGGAAGAGCCGAGGAGGGGGAGCUCGGGGAGUUCCUGGAGUACAUGGAACGGCUCCGAAACUACGAGCGCUCCGGGGUGCCGCGCGGCGCCGGGACCGACUCCGACGACGGCUUCGACCUCGGCCGCAUGCGCCGCCUCCUCCGCCGCCUCGGCGACCCGCACACCCACUACCCGGCUGUUCAUAUUGCCGGCACCAAGGGGAAAGGUUCGACUGCUGCAUUUCUGUCCAAUAUCAUGAGGGAGGAAGGAUACAAUGUGGGAUGCUAUUCCAGCCCACAUCUUCUAACGAUUCGAGAGCGCAUUUCUGUUGGAGAACAUGGAGGCCCUGUUUCAGCUGCAUUGUUGAGGGACCUUUUUGACCAGGCUAAGGAAGCUAUUGAUGAAUCCGUAGAAUCAGAAAAUGGAGCCCUGACACACUUCGAGGUUUUCACAGCCCUCUCAUUUCUCCUAUUCUCACGAGAAAACAUUGACUUCGCCAUUGUCGAAGCAGGUCUUGGGGGAGCUAGAGAUGCCACAAAUGUCAUACGAAAUAAUGAACUAGCUGUAUCAGUCAUAACAACAAUUGGGAAAGAACAUUUGGCUGCUUUGGGUGGUUCCCUCCAAAGCAUCGCAGUGGCAAAGUCUGGAAUUAUCAAGGAAGGACGACCAGUUGUCAUUGGUGGUCCAUUUUCAACAGAGGUCGAGCAAAUUCUUCGGGAUAGAGCAUUCUUGACACAAUCACCCGUCAUAUCUGCUUGUGAUUCUGGUGUCAGGAGCAUCACACGAUGCAUUGGAUGGGAUUAUGCAAAACCUUAUCAAAGUUGUGACAUUGUGGUGAAGAUUUCAAAUGAUAGGCCAUUGUCUAUGGAAUUGCAUGAUGUAAAACUCCAGCUGCUGGGAGACCAUCAGCGUCAAAAUGCUGUUACAGCUUCCUGCACAGCUCUAUGUCUCCGUGAGCUAGGAUGGGAUACAUCUGAUGCAUCUAUCCGAGCUGGUUUAGAGAGGACACAAUUGCCUGGGAGAAGCCAAUUUCUUACACAAGAUGAAGCCUCGAUCCUUGGGCUCGACGGAGCAUCCACAAUUCUCAUUGAUGGAGCCCACACAGAGGCGUCUGCAAAGGCCUUAUCGGACGUGAUAAGAACCGUCGAACCGGAAGGACCUCUUGCCUUUAUCAUCGGUAUGGCUGAUGACAAAGAACAUCUCGCAUUCACCGCGCAGCUUCUCUCAGGCAGAAGGCCAGACGUCGUGCUGCUGACGGAGGCGAGGAUCGCUGGAGGAACUGCCCGCUCCUUACCGGCCUCGUCGCUGAGAGACAUCUGGAUAGGCGUCGCGCAUGACCAGGGCAUCGAGUGCGUGGACAUCGGGGUGGUCACCAGCGACCGUAUCGGUCACCUGGCUGCUGCUAGCUCCGACAAACCGACGCCUAUGAUGAUCGGGUGCGGGGACGGGCUGUUCUCGCACGACCUGAUGAAGGCCGCCUCAUGGCUGCUGCACGGCGUGCGUCGGGUAGAGGGCGGCGGCGCUGGCGCUCCUGCAGGCCUCAUCUGCGUCACCGGGUCGCUGCAUAUGGUCUCGUCGGUGCUCCAGCAGCUUGAGCAGCAGUAGUAGCAGCUACAACCCAAAGAAAAGGAAGGAAGCACCACCUGUUCGCUGCACCGAAAAGCCUCUUGACUUUUCUUAAUUCGCAGCACAUUGUUUUGUAGCAGUGACCGUUCUCUGCCAGGCCAGCAUGGCUGUCUUUUUCGCCCGGUAGCGCUGUCGCUUUGUGUGCGGAACAACCCGCCUUGUUUAUUUAGCGCGAUGCUACUAGUAUAAUCUUCUUCCUUUUCCUUCCCUGGUAUACAAGUAGACAUACACUAUGUAUCUUUUUUUUCAAAGACGGGCUACCCCUUUUCAUCACUGCAAAAGAAAAUACAUUGUUAUGUUAUUGACACA